GGGUAAUUUUGCAAAUUUCAGUUCACCACUCUGCAAAACCCUAAUCCCACCUAGAUAUAAAAACUAAACAAAACGGUGCCGCCAUUCCUCACUCUGCAGCAGCACCUUUAAACGCCGAAGGUUCAUCCAAUCUCCGAAGGCCUUCACCGGAUUGCAACCAUGUCGAGGAGAAAGGUUAGAGAGCCAAAGGAGGAAAACGUGACUCUGGGCCCAGCUGUUAGAGAUGGUGAACAUGUUUUUGGAGUCGCUCGCAUCUUUGCCUCCUUCAAUGACACCUUCAUUCAUGUCACUGAUCUGUCUGGGAGGGAAACACUUGUCCGCAUCACUGGCGGGAUGAAGGUUAAAGCUGACAGAGAUGAAUCAUCUCCAUAUGCUGCUAUGCUUGCUGCGCAGGAUGUUGCUGCUAGAUGCAAGGAACUGGGCAUAACUGCUCUUCAUAUCAAGCUCCGUGCCACAGGUGGAAACAAGACAAAAACACCAGGUCCUGGUGCUCAAUCAGCUCUUCGAGCCCUUGCUCGUUCAGGAAUGAAAAUUGGUCGCAUAGAGGAUGUGACCCCCAUUCCUUCCGAUAGCACACGGAGAAAGAGUGGUAGAAGGGGUAGAAGGCUUUAAGCUUCUUAUGGUAUAUGACUGGAGUUGCCAUAUUUUAAUUUCCAUGUCAAACAAACAGAUUUGUGCCAUUUUGAAAUUUUCUUCAAUCAGAACUUCUUUUGUAUUUCUUGAGGUUUUGAACAGAAUUUAGUUGAGUAUUUAGGCAUUAUUGUCAGAGAUUGUUGAAAGUUUUACAUGUUGCUUCGUGGCUUGGAAAGAAUUGGAAUACUUGAUAGAAUGUUUUUCGUUGGAGAUAAGUCAACAAGACACAUUGGAGUAAGUUAGCAAUAUCCAUACGUUUUCUUGCAUGUGAUGAAUGAUUAACAGAUGAAGUACAAACUUGUGAUA